GGCCGCUCUGCGCCGGCGCGCUGGGCCUCGCUGGCGGCCGGGCCGGGCCGGGCCGGGCUGGGCCGGGCCAGGCGGAGGAGAAGGGGAGCAGCGGGCAUGGCGGCGCCCGCAGCGCUGCAGAGGAGCGUAGUGUCCCCUGCGGGCAGGCACACCGCCUCCCUCAUCUUCCUGCACGGCUCAGGUGAUACUGGACAAGGAGCAAGAGCAUGGAUAAAACAAAUUUUGAAUCAAGACAUGGCUUUCCAACAUAUAAAAGUAAUUUACCCAACAGCUCCUGCCAGGCCAUAUACACCUAUGAAAGGGGCCUUAUCCACAGUGUGGUUUGACAGGUAUAAGAUCUCCAAUGACUGUCCAGAACACAUUGAAAGUAUUGAUUCUAUGUGCCAGAGACUUACAGAUUUGCUCAACGAUGAGAUUAAAAAUGGCAUUGCAAAGAACAGGAUACUAAUAGGAGGCUUUUCGAUGGGAGGUGGAAUGGCAAUGCAUUUAGCAUAUAGGUUUCAUCAGGAUGUGGCAGGAGUCUUUGCUUUGUCUAGUUUUCUCAAUAAAGACUCUGCUGUUUAUCAGGCUUUGAAAGGAAAUGAAAGUGUUCUUCCAGAAUUAUUUCAGUGUCAUGGAACUGCUGAUGAACUAGUUCUCUACUCAUGGGGUGAAGAGACCAACACAAUGUUAAAGACGCUGGGAGUAGCAACAUCGCUUCAUACUUUUCCAAACCUUCAUCAUGAGUUAAACAGAACUGAAAUAGAAAAACUAAAAACCUGGAUUGUUAAGAAAUUGCCUGUUGAAGCAGCAAAGAAUACUAAAUAAAAGAAGGAGAUUGCUGCCAGUAUUGGCUAUGACUCCAGAAGUCCAGAAGUGUCGGCCAACUCCUCGGGACUGGAAGUUUUGUUUGAAUCCUUGUGCACCAAGACCUAAGCCAGCUUUUACCUAUCUUGAAGAAUAAGCAAAGGGGAAAAAAUGUCACUGUUCAAGUACAAGGCAUGUAAUUGGCAGUAGCAAGUAACAACUUCCUGCUGCUAAAAAUAUUUUGCUUUAUUUCAUUUUGCUAGCAUUAGCAAGUCAGCAGUCUGUUCUGAAAAACAGGAUUUUAAAUGGCACAUGAAAACUCAGCUAUUUGAAACAGUAACUGGAAAGUGUUUUUUCCUGGUGCCUUAGGCUUCCUAAUUACUACAAAUUAAAUUGAAACAGGUGUGCUCAGAGGCAGCUGAGCUAACAUUGCCUUGACCCAACUCUAAUUACAAUCCUUGACAAGUGAAGUUGUAGCAUUUUAUCCAUAAUGCAUCAUUUUGAGUUUUGCACCAUUUUCUGCUCUUCCUGCAGUUUCUAUUAGGGGCUAUUUGAACCAGUAACACGAGGUGGUAAUUAAUUUUGGUGACAGAUGCAUUCAGAUGGGAAAAUGAUGGGCUCCUGGCAAGGGGGCUUUUAACAAGAUCAGAGAACAGCACAAAACAUUUGAAAUAAGAUCAUGGAGGAGUAGAAAUUAUUACCAAUCCAAACCCAGAUCUUUUGAUUGUUUUUGCAGUCUCAAUAAUUGCAAAUACAGUGGGUAUGGAGUUGGGUUUUGUUGCCUUGAUGUAGGCUGAGAAGCAAUUACAGAGGUCUACAUUUCAUGACAUUAUUAAAAAACAGUUAAGUCCCCAGUUUGCAUCUAUUUUCUUUCCUCUUCCUCAUCUUGCGAGUGAAAUGCUAACUCAUCAGGGAAUGCAUUGUGACAUAAGACUGGAAACCAGUUAGGUAUAUACUCUAAAGGGCUCCCAGAUCUCAAGAGUUCUGAGGUCACUUUUGGGAUGUUAGAGAACUCAAUAACAUUUUCUUUCAGUCAGCGAGUGCCUACAGUGAGGACAGUGGGACUUGCCUAGUGCAUUUGAUGGGGUGAUGUGGCUCUGUGUCCCAGAUGGUACCUAACUCAGGUUGGACAAAUAGAUUAAGUUUAGCCCAGGAGAAGUUGGGCUGCUGGUUGGUAUUGAGAAGCAGCCAGAAGCAAUAUUAGUCCUUAAAGAGAGUGAUCCUGCUGUUAGAUCUCUAGUCAAAUGAAAACUUUAAUAGACAAAAUUAGCCCAGCUGCUUGACAGCAUGUUUCAGAGGUAAUCCAGAUAGGGUCUUGCCUGACAGGACUUUUUUGACUUUGCCCCUUUUUACUACAGUUAAAAAAAUACAUUUUCAAAUCGAUACUGGAACACAGGGCAGGGUUCCUUUGCCAAAAGGGCAACUCAACAGUGCUUAUGGCACUACAGCUCCAUGAACAACCUGUUGAUAGCUGGGAGAAGUCUGAAGUACUUCAUAGAACAUUUAAGGACCAAAAUGAGCUCUCUGUUGGCUAACUGGUUGCAGUGUGUUUGGGACAGAGUUACAGUAGCAGGUGCUGGGGCAUACAGAGCCCUGAACGUCUAUGUUUUGUCAGUUUUAUCUAGAUUUAGAUUAAGAGAAUGGAAAAGAAUGCGACUGUUUUCAUUCAUCCCUAAUCUUUCACUCCUGCUAUCUCUAAGGGUGUUUACAAACCAUAUGAAGAUGUUGGGGAGAGAGAUGUUACAUGCUCUUAGGAGGAGCAAACUGGGGACUGUGUAAUUUUGGGGUUUGUUUUUUUUCUUGUACAUAGGCUUUCUCUGGUUUGUUUCUUACAGAUUGAAGGAGAAAAACAUGUUUAAAGAUACAGCCCUGUACAUAAUUUUGAGGCAUUAAUAACAACAUUUCAGUGCCAACAUGGAUCUGUAUCACUUAGGCUGCUGAAGAUACAAGAACAUAAACUAGAAAGAUGGUGACUCUGUGCUGUGCUUACCCAGACGAGGCAGGACCAAUUAGUUGGCAUACAGUUUAUCUUGCUACUAUAAUUCUUGUGAAGAGUUUUUAUUUUUUUAUAAACUUAGAAGAUAGUUUGCCAUUUAAGGCCAAACUUCUAAUACCAUUUAAAAAUAUAACUGAAAUGAAUUAAUAAAUCCAUUCAGAUUGAUGGUACUUUGUUGGAGCUUGGUAUUGUUUUGGUGAAAAACAUAGUUAAGUAAACAAAAAAAAACAGUUUAAAUGAAACUUUAAAUCUCUUGGGCUCACUUGGUGUGUUCUGUACUGCUUCAGAAACAAAGCACUAAUGAUUGGCCUCUCUUUUCUUUCUAAUUUUCUAACAUUACACAUCCAGAUGUUUGAAAGUUGUGAUUAGAUCAUUGCUGUGAACUUGGGUGUCUUCAGAGUGAUUAAUGUGCUAGUGCAGACAUAUAGAGCAGGAGAACAAGUGCGAAUAAGGCUGAAAUCAGCUGAUCAAUGUGGGAAGCCAGAAGUCAUUGGUAACAUAAUUUUGACAUUAAAGUAGGAAGUUCUAUUUAAAAUAAUCAUUUUUUAAAAUGAAAAAUUAAAUUAAUGUCUUUAACAUCGUUACUGAUGACUUGGAUGAGGGGAUAGAGUGCACCCUCAGUAAGUUUCCUGUUGACACUAAGGUGGGUGGGAGUGGCGAUCUGCUUGAGGGCAGGGAUGUUCUGCAGAGGGAUCUGGACAGGCUUGACCAAUGGGCCAAGGCCAAUGGCAUGAGUUUCAAUGAGGCCAAAUGUCGAGUCCUGCACUUUGGCCACAACAACCCCCAGCAGCGCUACAGGCUUGGGAAGGAGUGGCUGGAGAGCUGCCCAGCAGAGAGGGACCUGGGGGUGCUGAUUGACAGGCAGCUGAACAUGAGCCAGCAGUGUGCCCAGGUGGCCAAGAAGGCCAACAGCAUCCUGGCCUGCAUCAGGAAUAGUGUGACCAGCAGGAUCAGGGAGGUGAUCCUCCCCCUCUACUCGGCCUUGAUGAGGCUGCACCUCAAGCACUGUGUGCAGUUUUGGGCAUCACAGUGUAGGAAGGACAUAGAGGUGCUUGAGAGGGUACAGAGAAGGGCAACAAGGCUAUUAGUGUUUUGGGGAACAGGUCUUAUGAGGAGAGGCUGAGGGAGCUGGGGCUGUUCAGCCUGGAGAAGAGGAGGCUGAGGGGGGACUUGCUUGCUCUCUACAACUACUUGAGAGGAGGUUGUGGUGAGGUGGGUGUUGGCCUCUUCUCCCUAGUGACUGGUGAUAGGACAAGAGGAAACGGGUUCAGAUUGGAUAUUAGAAAAAAAUUCUUCACAGAAGGAGUCAUGAGGCAUUGGAACAGGCUGCCUAGAGAGGUGGUGGAGGCAACAUCCCUAGAGGUGUUCAAAAAAUGGGUGGACAUGGUACUUCAGGAGAUAGUUUAAUGGUUGUAGGGUGGACGGUUGGACUUGUUGAUCUUGAAGGUCUUUUUCAACCCUAAUGAUUCCAUGAUUCUCAUGUAAAAUCUUUAGGUUUUUUCACUAAAUCAUCUUUAAAGCCAUUUAACAAUUCUCUACAGCUGAAGUGGGCCAAGUGGGUGAAUGUAACCUGUAUUUAUGAAGAUGGGAUUCAGAUGGCAAAACAUAGAAAUGGCAACCUGCUAGAAUGAAAGUUGUUAAGGCACAGAUAGAGGAAAGCACAAGAACAGACUUUCCAGUUGAUGCACAUUCUAGGACAGCUAAGAAGUUUCGAAGUUGGGACAUCUUAGAAGAACAAAUUCCAUGAGUUUUUCAACUUGAGUCAACCUUCAUUUCUGAUGCAGCUGAUUAAAGGUGCUCUAGAGAAAAAAAAUAACACAAUUACCAGUUAAUAUAGUUUCCUACCUUUUGUUGGUUGUUUUCCAGACCUCACUCUGUAGUGGGAACCUGAUAUCACUACUCAAAAACAGCAGCUGGCAGUUCUAUUUUCAGUAUUAGAUUGUCACCUCAAAUGUUUCUGAAUACACUACAAAGGAUCUUAACAGCAUCUCGUUCAUGUCUUAGUUACUGACUGAUCAGUAGCACUCACCCAGAAUGUGGCAGACAAAUGCUUUUCCUGUACAGAGCUGUGAGUGAGAAUAUUUGUCUUUACAAAUGAGAGCCAGAAGGAAAGUGCAGUGGUUUCCCCACCCCCAUUCAGUACUUCAGUGGCUAGUGUUAGCUAAAGAUAUGAGACACCUGAAUUUAAUUCCUCUCCCUGUCUGAGCAUGUUCACCUGUGUGCCAGGCCUUAAAAUGUUACCUAUAUAGACAAUUUACCUAACAGAUUUUAAUAUCAGCAUUCACUAGAAUGAGAAAGUGUUUCAGAUUUUCCUUUGCUUAGAUGGGUAUUUGCAAAAGGGUUAUGUUUGUUCUCCAUCUGUCUCUUAAGGUGUGUUUAACUGUUGCAGUUGAAGUAGAGAAGACAGAGCAUUCUGGAUCAGUCUGCUGAUUACUGUUUUGAGUCAUUUCCUGCAUGUGUGGGAUACAGACCUGCAGCUUCUCAGGCAGAGAUGGGAAAUGAGCUUGUUCUCUGUGUCUACAGAACAGCUAGAUUAAAAAAAUUAAUUUUAGAACAGCCAGUGGCAUGGAUCUGGUAAUGCCUCUGAUUCCCCAGGACACAGUGGUGAGCCUGCGUACCUUGGCUAACCUGCGAUCAUUGAGGUGGGCUUUGUGAGUUUGAUUUGAAGGAUGGUUAAGCGUGGGAGGGUGGUAGGUGCUGCUUUGGUGAGGAGGCACCUGUGAAUUUUUGUGGGUUCCCUGUGUAAAUCUAUAGGCUCCUUUGAAAAUGCAAGCAAAAGUUGGUUCCUAAUUGUUAAAUUAAGCUCUCAAAAACAGUUGUGUAAUAAGUGUUAAUGAUUAUUCUUGGAUUUUCAAUCACUAGUGACAAGGAAGUUAGACUCCUAAGAAAAAGUCAAGGGGACUUUGUAACCUGGGCCUUAAAACAGUGAAGAUGGUCACAAUAGACCAGAGAGUAUACUUACAACUUUACAAAUAAAGUCUUAUAGGAGGCAACCAAAGUAAUUAUGAACCUUAGUCACAGCAAUGUGCCAAAAAUGUAAAGGCAGUGAUUUAAUACUUCCAGAGUAAUAAGAAUGUUUGAAUGCUGAGCCAUCCUUCCAUUUCAUGCCUGUGAUUUUUGAUUGCUAAUUUCUAGCCCAGUUAAGGUAUGCCUGUAUCUGAGGAAGGUCUCUCUUUUGGGUUUACUUUUUUUAUGAAGUGUAAGUUUGCAGGUUAAUAGGAGAUGUCAUUCUGGCAGCAAACUUCAUUUAUGCUUAAAACAAAAUGGAGCUUCCCUUCAUUCUCUUUGCACUGCAGAAAUAGUGAUAUCUGACUGAUGACUUCUGGGCAAGAACUGUUCUGUUAGCAUCAAAAGUUUUUUUUCCAAAUAUGCAAUUAUUUAAAUCAGGUUUAUCCAUAGACCCAUGUUGGCUUAAGCCUUGAUCCUGCACCUUUCAGAGAAAUGAAUGUUUUUCAGUGUUUCCACUGUUCAGAUUAGAGUCUAAAUCUGCUAAAUAAAUACCCAAUGAGGAGUUCAGGGUUUGGAAAUGAGAUGAACCCUUUCCUUGGUAUGUAUCAGAGUAUUUUGCAGUUAGGACUUAUUGGUGCCUGUCUGACUCCCAACUUUCCUUCCCCAGUGGUUUGGGAAGGGAGAGAAAGCUUGUUUAGAAGUAACAUUCCCUCUCUAGUUGGGCAGUCAGCCUGUGGAGAAGUGUUUGAUUACAUGAUGCAUCACGUCAGAUUUACAUAAAUGUGCAGAUUUUUCUUUACAGGAAGAGAUUUUUGUACUAUGGACACCUGCAGCAUGCACAAAGGUGAUGUGGAAUGCCAUAGACUAAUUUAAAAUAAUUUUCUCAGUAAUGAACUGGAUAAAAAGUGAAGGAUGGUGUUGCCAGUACUUUCAAUAAUAUGUUGACAUAUUUUUUGGAAACAUGGCCCAUGCUUCUGUUUGUAUUUAUAAUUUAGCAUGACUCAUAACCAGAAGUCAGAACUGUCCUGGUGAAAAGAAUAGAUAUUAAGAUUACAAGUGCCAAGGCAGAUUUUGUAUAUCAAAAGCUGACAAAAAAGACAAUUUCCAGAGGUUUCAGUAAAUGCAUCAUUAAAUCAUCCUUGGCUCCUUCUCAAUUAUUUUUUUAAAACAGUGCUUUUCUAAGCAAAAAUAUAAACAAGUGAAACACUGAAGGUGACUUUCUUGGAAUAACUUUUUAUCCUCACUAAGAAAAUAUAUUUUUUUUCUAAAGAUGUCCAAUUGAUUAAUGGCAGACCACAUGGAAUUACUAAGUGAAAUCCUCAAGAUGUUCUGUUGUUUUUAUAGCACAACUCAGUUGCCAGUGUUUUUUUGUAUGUGAAAGUAUUUGGCAGCUUUGUUGACCAGAUAGGCAAUGGUAUGUGAAUUUUGCAUUCUACCUAAAGGCUCUUGGUUUCAGAUCUAAAAUUUAGGUGUUUGACAUUCAGCUAAAGCAGCAUGUAAAUUAUUACCUUCAUAAUUUCUGUAGAGUGUCAUGAGAAAGGAGAGACUCGUGUCGUGUUCUACUCCACCACAACUGAACAUAUGUGUGUGGUUUUCCUGAAGGCGUUUUCAAACACAGCAAGCUGUCAAGCCUGGAAUUGCCUGUAGUCGUGCUGGCCUCAACAGGUCUCCCCACGGCCCAUGUGGAGACUUAGGUCUGCUCUCCCAGUGUUAGAAACAAGUUCCGUCUUCGUAGCGGAACCUCCUUACUAUGCUUGGCAGUAGCGCUGCUGAGAAACAUACGUAUUGUAUAAAUUCCCUUCUUGAGGCACUAACAGUACUCUGGUUAAGCCACUGUAGAACUACUGGUAUGCAUUUGUUCAUAGUUUGGAAAAUACUGUUUUCAUUACAGUAAACCAAUAUAAACAUCAGCAAUAUUCCUAUCAAACAAAUUAGUUCGCAUGUGAAAUGUAUGGUAAGUAAAUUUGUUGUGUAGCUGAACACAGUGUUAUUUAAUGGAACUUGAUUUGGUGCCAACCAAACAUAUGGAUCUUUAAAUGCAUUCCCCUUGUGACUAUGUUGAAAUCAUCCACCAAUAACGUGCUGAAUUAUCUUCCAGACUUGCAGGCUGGCUGCCCUUAUUGUAAGAGGUUUUGAAAUGCAACAAAUAGUAUUGGUGAGGAGGGCGAAAUACAGUGCAACAAUGUCUGUUUUGUUAGUUAUUAAAAAAAAAUAAAAUAGCUUGACUAAAGCUUUUCAUUCCUCA